UAAACGUCACAGGAGGAGAAGAAGAAGAAGAAGAAGAAGAAAGACACUAACGAUGGCUGCGGCUACUUCAGAGUUACGGGUGGAUCACCUGCCUUCAGACCCGCUGCUGCACAUUUUAUCCUUCCUGGACUUCAGGGACCUGGUCCACUGUAGUUACGUCAGCAGGAGGCUGAACGAACUGUCCAAACACAACCCGCUGUGGAGGGCGCUGUGCUCCAAACACUGGCUGCUGUCAGAUGUGGACCGGCUGCAGAGCGGCGUGUCCUGGUUCUGCCUCUUCAAACAGUACUACAGAGACCUGGGCCGCUACAUCCAGUUCUACCCGGUGCUGAAGAGAGCCUGGGAACAGCUGAAGAGCUUCCUGCAGCAGAGGUGUCCUCGCAUGAUCGCGUCGCUCAAAGAGGGCGCCACAGAGGUGGAGCUGAACGACAUCGAGGCUCAGAUCGGCUGCAGACUUCCUGACGACUACCGCUGCUCGUAUCGCAUCCACAACGGACAGAAGCUGGUCAUCCCGGGGCUGAUGGGCAGCAUGUCUCUGUCCAACCACUACCGGUCGGAGGUGCUGCUGGACGUGGAGACGGCGGCCGGAGGUUUCCAGCAGAGGAAGGGGAUGAGGCGCUGCCUGCCGCUCACCUUCUGCUUCCACACGGGCCUCAGUCAGUACAUGGCUCUGGAGCCGGCCGAGGGACGCAGGAUGUUCGAGAGCUUCUACCCCUGCCCCGAUCAGACGGCUCAGGAUCCUUCAGCCAUCGACAUGUUCAUCACAGGUUCCUGUUUCUUAGAGUGGUUCACCACCUACGUCCACAACGUCGUCACAGGAGAAUAUCCAAUCAUCAGAGACCAGAUCUUCAGGUACGUCCAUGAUAAAGGUUGUGUGGCGACGACCGGCGACAUCACCGUCUCUGUUUCUACCUCCUUCCUGCCAGAACUUUCCUCCGUCCACCCGCCGCACUUCUUCUUCACCUACCGCAUCAGGAUAGAGAUGUCGAGCAGCGCCUCGCCUGAAGCCGCCUGUCAGCUCGACAGCCGCUACUGGAAAAUCACCACCUCCGACGGCAACGUGGAGGAAGUGCAGGGCCCCGGCGUGGUCGGAGAGUUUCCGGUCAUGACGCCGGGGAAGGUCCACGAGUACGCCAGCUGCACCACCUUCUCCACCCCGUCAGAGUACAUGGAGGGCCACUACACCUUCCACAGACUCGCCAACAAAGAGGAAGUUUUCCACGUGGCCAUUCCUCGCUUCCACAUGGUCUGUCCUCCCUUCAGAGAGCCCGUCGUCCGAACGCAGAAAGCGUCGACCAGCUUCACGCCUCGACUCGACGACCACGACGAUGACGGCGAGUACUGCGACGGGGACGGCGACGACUUCGGCGACCUGCGGGGAAUCAACAUGGCGGCGCUGGAGGGAGCGUGGUGCCCCCGACACAUCUGACCCCCCCCCUUCACUACAGUGUUGAUGGACUGUCAGUGAUUCAGGUUAAACCUGCGUGACUGACAGACAGCAGAGGAUUGUGGGACAGGUCGUACCCACCUGAGCCAAACAUGGGACACAAUCAUGUCGACUUCCAGCUGCCGGUCAGACGAUCGACUCUUUACUUCUCUUUGGUUUAAACUUUCCUGUGUGAUGUGAAGCUGUGUGGAUAAGCUCGGAGCGGACAGUAACGUCGCUGUCACUCGUGGUGCUGAUAAAGUUUUUCUUAGACUGCCGGCGGCGGCGGCAGCUUCCUGUUUAGAUUUAAAAAGCAGCUUUGGGACGUUUCCUCGUGGAGGUAAAGGUUUGCUUCUCCAGAGUCAGAGGGUUUGGGGUUUAAGUUCCUGCAGUGGAAAACAGUGUUGUCCUCAUGUUUCCUGUUGGUUCCUGCAGAGUGUGAAUGUUUCAUUUGGUCCGAGGAGGAGGAGGAGGAGGAGGAGGAGGAGGAGGAGGAGGAGGAGGAGGUGUUAGUGCUCGGUGCUUCACGUUGUUUUAAUCAGAAAGCAUCUGUUGUGUUGGAGGCGGGCUCUCGUCGUCAGGACGCGUCGUCUCUCUCUGAUGUGAUUGGCUGGUUUGGGUUUUUUGUAUGUUUUGGCUAAAUAAAUAACAAAUAGUUGUCUGCAGACUCUC